UGUUCCCCGGGCCGGGGCUCGGUUUGGGCUUCCGGGGACCGGGAUGCGGCGGCACCGCUGCCGGAGCCGAGCACCUUUUGUUUUCGGUUCUGGGGUCGAGGAUCUGUCAGCGCAUCUUCUCGCUUCUCUGUUCGCAGGAAAGCGGCUCCCGCCGGCCACUCGGACGUGAAGCGGCGCCUCCCCGGGGCGGAGCGGAGGGGGCGGCCGGGGCCCGGGCUCAGCUGCUGAGGCACCGGCCCAGCGGCAGGGGAAGGAUGCAGCAGUAACGGCUCUGGACAGGACCUGGCACGGCUGAGACCCUCCCGGCCGGCGCGGAGCCCCCAGUGCCCCCAGCCCUGCCCGCAGCACCCCCGGCCCGGCCGCUCCACGCCGGGCACGUCCCGGGGCAGGGGCUCGGGGGAGCCGGCGUGGCCCCUGGCAGCGCGACGAGGCCGAGAUGAGCAUGGUAAAGAGCCUAGAGCGGCUGGAGCAGCGGCUGGCUGUGAUGGUGGCUGCCCAGGAGACUCCUCAGGCCUGGUCUUCACGGGGAGAGGAGGGGCCGGCGACCAUGAAGAAGGAGAGCAGCCACGGCCAGGAGGAGGCAGACUGCAGGGCAGAGCUGAUCCUCCUCAACGGGGCCUGUACCAGUCCCACCAGUAACGCCCCCCCCAUCAUACGGGAGACAAACAGGAAGCCCAGCACUCCAGAUGCUGCAGGCCUGGGGCUGCCAUCGCUGGAGAGCAACAAGAAGGUGAGCAAGGGAGACCCGGCCAAGGAGGAGGAGGGCCUGUCCUGGCCGCUGGCUCUGGCUGAGGUGCAGGAGAUGCGGCCCCGGGGCAGCGCGGGCUGGGAGAGCAGCCUCCGGCAGAAGCCCCCCGUGCGCCUCAUCUUCCAGGCAGGGCAGACCCGCCAGGAGAUGAAGAUCAAGGAAACCAACAGUGUGGAGCCCCCCCGGGACCUGCCCACCCCACUGCGGAGCUCCAAGCGGCGCCAGUCCACACCUAUCUCCAUCCCCACCAUCGACCUCACGGAGGAGGACUCCCGGGACUCAUCCCAGAGCAGCAGCACGCUCUCUGGCAGCAGCUCCCAGGAGGGCCAGAACGGCUCCACUGAGCUGGGGACUGAGGAGACCGAGAGCAGGGACGCGGGGAUGGCACUGGAGUACCAGGACGGGAAGGAUUUUGGGAUCGGGGAGCUCGUCUGGGGAAAGAUCAAGGGUUUCUCCUGGUGGCCGGCGAUCGUCGUCUCCUACAGAGCCACGGCCAAGCGCCCGGCGGCCUCGGGCAUGCGCUGGGUGCAGUGGUUCGGGGAUGGGAAGUUCUCUGAGGUGUCUGCAGACAAGCUGAUGGGGCUCGUGGCCUUUAGGCAGCAUUUCAAUCUGUCCACGUUCAACAAGCUGGUCUCCUACCGCCGAGCCGUGUACCAUGCACUGGAGGUUGCCCGGAGCCGGUCAGGAAAGACGUUUUCCACAGCCCCUGGGGAGUCCCUGGAGGAGCAGCUGAAGCCCAUGAUUGACUGGGCACUCACUGGCUUCAAACCCCUGGGCUUCAAGGGACUGCGGCCGCCCAAAGCCUCAGAGAACGGGGUCCUGAGGAACGGGACGGAGGAGGUGCUGUCCCUCGAGCAGUGUCCCCCCACCAAGAGGCUGAAGACCAACCUCUGCACCGGCGGCAAGGAGCAGCGCGUGGAGGAGGAGCAAACCCGAGAGCAAAUGGUGUCGGAAGUUACGAACAACAGCGGGAGCCUCGAAGAGAGCUGCUUGUCCUGCGGGAGGAGAAACCCGGCCACCUUCCACCCGCUGUUCGAGGGGGGGCUCUGCCAGACCUGCAGGGAUAGAUUCCUGGAGCUCUUCUACAUGUACGACGAGGACGGUUACCAGUCCUACUGCACCGUGUGCUGCGAGGGCAAGGAGCUGCUGCUCUGCAGCAAUGCUGGCUGCUACAGGUGCUUCUGCGUGGAGUGCCUGGAGGUGCUGGUGGGCCGAGGGACGUCGGCCAAGGCGAAAGAGCAGGAGCCCUGGAACUGCUACAUGUGCCAGCCCCAGAGGAGCUAUGGGGUGCUGCAGCGCCGGCAGGACUGGAACACGCGCCUGCAGGACUUCUUCACCAGUGACAAGGGGCAGGAAUAUGCUGCACCCAAAAUCUAUCCGAUGAUCCCACCGGCGAAGAGGAGACCCAUUCGAGUGCUCUCUUUGUUCGCUGGCAUAGCCACAGGGUACCUGGUGCUGAAGGACUUGGGCAUCCAAGUGGAGAAGUACAUCGCCUCGGAGAUCUGCGAAGACCCCAUUGCCGUGGGCACCAUGCGGCACGAGGGCAACAUCACCUACGUGCACGAUGUCAGGAACAUAACCAAGAGAAACAUCGAGGAGUGGGGUCCUUUUGACCUGGUGAUCGGUGGGAGCCCCUGCAAUGACAUCUCCCUUGUCAACCCCACCAGGAAGGGGCUCUAUGAAGGGACCGGGAGGCUGUUCUUUGAGUUCUACCACCUGCUCAACUACGCCCGCCCCAAGGCGGGAGAGGAGCGUCCCUUCUUCUGGAUGUUUGAGAACGUGGUGGCCAUGAGGGUCAAUGACAAGCGGGACAUCUCUCGGUUCCUGGAGUGUAACCCAGUUAUGAUCGAUGCUAUCAAGAUAUCAGCUGCCCACCGAGCGCGCUAUUUCUGGGGUAACCUUCCGGGGAUGAACAGGAUCUUCGUCUUCCCCCUCCACUACACCGACGUCUCCAACAUGGGCCGCGGUGCUCGGCAGAAGCUGCUGCGGUCGUGGAGCGUCCCCGUCAUCCAGCACCUCUUCUCCCCGCUCAAGGAUUACUUCGCCUGCGAAUAGCCAGCCGAGCAGCCCUCGUCUCUCUGGUAAAGAUGCACAGCUCGGCUGGAGGCGGGAGAGGGACGGGCCCAUCCCUGCUCUUCCCUCCUGCAGGGAGGCAGCCUGGCCCCGCAGGGAGAGCCGAGGAAAUGUCUUUA